CCUAAACAGCAGCUGGUGAGAUUAGAGAGGAGAGGACACCGACACACACACACAGACUCACAGCAACACGACUGGCCAGGAUAGAUCUGGCUCAGACUGGAGAGGGGUUUCAUCAGAAGCACAUUUUGACUGGACCCAGUAAGUCCAAACACCUUCGCCCGGCAAGGAUCACCUCAACUGGACUCUGAAUUUCCAAUGACCCCUUAUGUCCGUGGAUCUCCAGCCACCUUGCCUUUUGUUGGAACCUCUAUACCCACACGGCUAUUUCAUUUUGGGGACUGGACUGAAUCACAACUCAAGAACUGGUCUUUCUGUGGUAGUUUAAACUUAUACUGACUGGUCUGUGCUAAUCACACCAUGAGCUGUUUCGGGUACCGUCGAGAGCUGAGUAAGUACGAAGAUGUCGACGAGGACGAGCUUUUGGCCUCCCUUAGCCCUGAAGAGCUGGCUGAGUUGGAGAAGGAGCUGGCGGACAUUGAUCCAGAUGCCAAUGUGCCCAUAGGACUCAGACAGAGAGACCAGACUGACAAGACCCCGACAGGCACCUUCAGCAGAGAGGCCCUCAUGCAGUAUUGGGAAAAUGAGACGCGUAGACUGCUGGAGGACGAGAUAGGUGGAGGAAGCCCCAAACCGGAUGAAGAACAAGAGGAGGAGUGUGUGACAGAAGAAAACAGCGGAGCAGAGGAUGAAAAAGAUGUUGAAAAUGAGAAAGAACAGAAAAAGCAUGAAACACAAAAGGAGAAGGAAGAGGAAGAGGAAGAGGAAGAGGAGGAGGAGGAGGAAGAAGAGGAGGAGGAAGAGGAAGAAGAGGAGAGUGAGGAAGAGGAGGAAGUGGUUACGGAGGAGGAAGAAGACGAAGAGGAGGAAGAUAAUAACUUAAAACCCGAACUCUCAAAGGAUUCUGGGGCGCUGAUGUCACAGGUCACUGCCCCAAUGCUACUGAAGCCGCAGAGGGUGGAGCCUAUCAGACUGACUCCUCCCCCUCCACCUGUCGACCCAAACAUGACCGGAAACCCAACCGUUGUCGAUGAUGCUCUCCAACGAGUUCUAAGCGAUGACUCUGAACUCACAGAGGUUAAUCUCAACAACAUUGAAGAUAUCUCACAGGAAACCCUCAUCCGAUUUGCUGAGGCACUGAGAUCCAACACACACGUACGGGUCUUUAGCCUUGCGAACACCCGAGCUGAUGACCCUGUGGCUCUGGCCAUUGCUAAGAUGCUGAGGGAGAACUCUUCCAUCACCAGCCUGAAUAUAGAGUCCAACUAUGUGACCGGGAAGGGCGUGAUGGCGCUGGUUCAAGCACUCCCAGGGAACAACACUCUGACUGAACUUCGGUUUCACAACCAGAGACACAUGUGUGGAGGACAGGUAGAGAUGGAGAUGGUGAAGAUUCUGAGGGAAAACUGCACUUUGAUCAAGCUGGGCUACCAGUUCAAUCUCCCUGGUCCCAGGAUGAGCAUGACGGGGAUCCUCACCAGGAACCAGGACCGCCAGAGACAGAAACGGCUGCAGGAGCAGCGGCAGCAGCAGCAGGACCAUCAGGGGGUGCCAGAGGGAGCAGUUAACCCAAGAACCACUGCACUGAAAGGAACUCCUCGUUCUUCACCUUACAACUCACCCAGAGCCUCUCCCAAACUUCCCCGAAGUGACCUGCCUAAAAAACAGACUCCUCCUGCUCCACCUCCUCCUCCGCCUCCACCGCCUCCUCCCCCCCCACCUCCUCCACCACUGCCUCCUCCGCAGCGGGAGAAGAAGCCCACCAGGAUGAUUGCGGAGGUCAUCAAGGCACACGAGGCGGGCAGCAAGAAGGUGACAAAGACAAAAGGUAAGAAGGGCAAGAAAGGGAAGUCGAAGGAGUCGGGGAAAGAUGAGACGAGCUGCAUCCUGAAGGAGCUCAAGAACGCGCUGAGGCCCGUGUCGGUGGAGAGGAGAGGGGAGGAGGGCAGCAGGCCAUCCACACCAAUGAGGUCAGCCCAUGACCAGCUGAUGGAGUCCAUCCGCAACAGCAGCCUCCGCAGCCUGAAACGGGUGGAAGUCCCAGAUCAUCUACGAUAAUGCAAGCAGAAAAAAAAGGUCUAUUUGUUGCCACGGAAAUUGGGGAGUCUGCACCACGAUGACAAUGGAGUGACCAACAAUGACGAAAGCGCUCAAUGAAAACAUGUUGGGAAUCCUAAGUUGGCAAAAACUGAAUCCUUACUCAUCAAAAAGAAAAUAUACUGGAAAUUUGCACUGCAGUAAGAGCUAAAGGUUUUUUAUUUGAAGUAUUUAUGCAUAAUGUUUACCGAUAAGUUUUGUAAUUCACUGUUUUCUUGUAAAAUUGUAAAUAUAAUCUGUUGUUGGUUGAAUUAUGCGUUGAUUUAUUAAUAUAACCUCUUGGUGUUUACAAUA